AUGGGAGAAGGCGCCUCCUCGUCUGGAGUGCCGCGUUCCUCCUCGCGCGGCGGCCAGCCCCUCACGUUCACCCUUGGGGGAAUUGGUUGUAGGGCCUUCGUGGCUAGUCUCCGGAACGUCCGGUGGCCCCUGAAGUUUCGCCCCAACCUCACGGAGAAAUAUGAUGGCAGCAUCAAUCCCUCCGAGUUCCUCCAAAUUUAUACCACGAUCAUCGUGGCGGCGGGAGGGGAUGACCGGGUCAUGGCGAAUUAUUUUUCCAUGGCUCUUAAGGGUCAGGCGCGCGGCUGGCUCAUGACCCAGCCCCCCGACACCAUCCACUCAUGGGAGGACCUGUGCCAGCAGUUCAUCACGAACUUCCAGGGUACAUACCCCCGUCCGGGGGAGGAGGCGGACCUACAUGCUGUGCAGCGGAAGGACGACGAGUCCCUCCGCUCAUACAUACAACGCUUCUACCAGGUCCGCAACACUAUUCCGUGCAUCCCGGCCCACGCGGUCGUUUAUGCAUUUCGGAACGGCGUGUGGCACAACCGCAUGCUAGAGAAGAUCGCCUCCAAGGAGCCUAAGACCACCGCCGAGCUCUUCGAGCUAGCGGACAAGGUGGCUCGGAAGGAGGAGGCGUGGGCUUGGAAUUCCCCCAGCACUGGUGCGGCGGCUGCGGCUGCCCCCGAGACUGCCCCUCGCUCCAAGCGGCGGGACAGGAGGGGCAAGCGGAAACCGGCCCGCUCUGAUGACGAGGGCCACGUCCUUGCGGCUGAUGGGUCUUCGCGGGCCCCGCGCAACGAAAAGGCCACCGGUGGCAAGCCGAGCUCCACCGCCCCCUCCGGUGAGGGUCGAUCGGCGGACAAGUGGUGCUCAGUGCACAAUACUUAUCGGCACAGUCUCGCCGACUGCCGCUCGGUCAUGAACUUGGCCGAGCGGUUUCGGAAAGCCGAUGAGGAGAAGCGGCAGAGUCGACGGGAGGGCAAAGCCCCCGCGACCCCCACCAAUGAUCGGCGAGAGGAGUCCAAGAAGAAGGCCCCCGCCGACGAUGGUGAUGACAGCGAGGAUCUGGAAUUCCAGAUACCUAAGGGAACUGUCGCCACUCUCGACGGGGGGGGGGGGGGGGCUUGCCCUCACACCUCCCGUCGUGGAUUCAAGGCCAUGAGGCGUGAGCUUCUGGCCGUCGUCCCGACUCACGAGGCUGCACGGAAGGCGCGUUGGUCGGAGGUGAAGCUCACCUUCGAUCAGAGCGACCAUCCGACGGUGCUUGCUCGGGGUGGGAAGUUGGCUCUCGUGGUCUCCCCGACCAUCCACAACGUCAAGAUGAAGCGAGUCCUGGUCGACGGGGGGGCCAGCCUGAGCAUCAUUUCCUCGGCCGCGUUCGACGCACUCAAGGCCCCGGGGAUGAAUGGCCCCAUCACCGUCUUUGGCGAUGUCAAGGUCGCCCUCGCCUGCGCGGAGCAGCACGCCAACAACCUGGCGGUGGCCAUGGAGCCGCAGGCCCCGGUGGCCUCCGCGUCCCGCGCUUCCAAGAAGCGCCUCACCUUGGCUGAUGAGGUGCCCGUCAAGGAGAUCCCCCUUGGCGAUGAUCCGUCCAAGACCGCCAAAAUUGGCGGGACCCUGGACGCCAAAUAG